AUGCUGGCCGGCCGCGCCGCGCGCACCUGUGCGCUGCUCGCCCUCUGCCUCCUGGGCAGCUGGGCCCAGGAUUUUGGGCCGACGCGCUUCAUCUGCACCUCGGUGCCGGUGGAAGCCGACAUGUGCGCCGCGUCCGUGGCCGCCGGCGGCGCCGAGGAGCUUCGGAGCAACGUGCUGCAGCUCCGCGAGACCGUGCUGCAGCAGAAGGAGACCAUCCUGAGCCAGAAGGAGACCAUCCGCGAGCUGACCACCAAGCUGGGCCGCUGCGAGAGCCAGAGCACGCUGGACGCGAGCGCCGGCGAGGCGCGGACGGGCGGCGGCCGCAAGCAGCCCGGCUCGGGCAAGAACACCAUGGGCGACCUGUCUCGGACGCCGGCCGCCGAGACGCUCAGCCAACUCGGGCAAACUUUGCAGUCGCUCAAAACCCGCCUGGAGAACCUCGAGCAGUACAGCCGGCUCAAUUCCUCCAGCCAGACCAACAGCCUCAAGGAUCUGCUGCAGAGCAAGAUCGAUGACCUGGAGAGGCAGGUGCUGUCUCGGGUGAACACUCUGGAGGAGGGCAAGGGGGGCCCCAGAAAUGACACUGAGGAAAGAGUCAAGAUCGAGAGCGCCCUGACUUCCCUGCACCAGCGGAUCAGUGAGCUCGAGAAAGGUCAGAAGGACAACCGCCCUGGAGACAAGUUCCAGCUCACAUUCCCCCUGCGGACCAACUACAUGUAUGCCAAGGUGAAGAAGAGCCUGCCGGAGAUGUACGCCUUCACGGUGUGCAUGUGGCUCAAGUCCAGCGCAGCGCCAGGGGUGGGCACGCCCUUCUCCUAUGCCGUGCCCGGCCAGGCCAAUGAGCUGGUCCUCAUUGAGUGGGGCAACAACCCCAUGGAGAUCCUCAUCAACGACAAGGUGGCUAAGCUUCCCUUUGUAAUCAAUGAUGGCAAGUGGCACCACAUCUGCAUCACCUGGACCACCCGGGACGGGGUCUGGGAAGCCUACCAGGAUGGCACCCAGGGAGGCAACGGCGAGAACUUGGCGCCCUAUCACCCCAUCAAGCCACAGGGCGUGCUGGUGCUGGGCCAGGAGCAGGACACUCUGGGUGGCGGGUUUGAUGCCACCCAAGCGUUCGUGGGCGAGCUGGCCCAUUUCAACAUCUGGGACCGCAAGCUGACCCCGGGGGAGGUGUACAACCUGGCCACCUGCAGCACCAAGGCCCUUUCCGGCAACGUCAUUGCCUGGGCUGAGUCCCACAUCGAGAUCUAUGGCGGAGCCACCAAGUGGACAUUCGAAGCCUGUCGCCAGAUCAACUGAGGCCCAGGGCCGGGCUGAGCCUCCUGGUCCUCAGGU